AUGAUGGAAUCGAUGGAAUGGGAUGGGAUAUGAAAAACUGAAACAUGGCGACUCUUGUGAAAACGGUGCAUGUUACAAAAUCCGUGAAUAAUGUAACAAAGUUGUUGUCACACUUGUCAAUAUCUCCUGGGAGCUCUGGUGAACCAAUUGCAUUUCAAAGACCGAGAAUCCCUUUAAUGCAUUAUGCAUUUAUGCACACAACACCAAGGCCGUUUGGUUUGAUGGAAUUCUUUGACGAUCGGAAGAACUGGGGAAAGCAGGAGGUAAAAGUAGGAAGAUCGUGGAGAUUAGACGAGUUAAGGAUUAAGAGCAACGAAGACUUACACAAGCUAUGGUAUGUUCUAUUAAAGGAGAAAAACAUGCUUUUAACAAUGGAGCAUGCUUGUACAGAGGAAUAUGAAAUAUUUCCAAACCCAGAACGUAUAGAUAAAAUUAAAGAAAGUAUGAGCAAUUUAGAGGCCAUUGUGAGAGAACGUAAUAAGGCGUUCCAUUUGCUGGAAACUGGUGAAACUGGAGAGCGACCAGGAAAACUCGUUUCCAGUGCAUUAGGUCUCAGGCGCUAUCAUCGAAUGGGAGAAUAUGUUAUUCCACAGUAUAUGAAUAAAACAUGGUAUAAGAAGCACUUCUUUGGACACGGUAGUUAUGCUGUCCAAAAAUUCUUAAGGUUAUAUCGAGAGAAACUAUGGCUUGCUAAGAAAAGGGAAAAAAAUCGGAAUAAGAAUCGUGUUAUGCAAAUUUUGAAGCAAUUCCCCAACGUGGAUCCAGAAGCCAUUAAAAAGAACUUUCCGGACAGUGAUAUAGAAAAUCUCAAGCUGAGAAAGAAGGCUCAAGGUCAUAGGGCACCUGAAUAAAUAUAUUAACAAGUGGAUAAAGCUGAAGAUAUAAAUGAUUUAUCAACCACGGCAAACGAAGUAAAGCAACGCAACGUUACCUGUACAGAUUAGUUUCUUCUGAUUAAAUCAAUAUAUUAGUACUAACGAUACACUCUAAUACCCAAAAAGAAUGGAAUCAGAUUCUAUGCCUACAGGUUACCAUAAAGAAGUCAGGGAUCUCAUUUGACUAGUUCGUUAUUGGUUUAUUUGUAUGGCAUGCUUUAUAAUGACAUGUGCUGUAAUUCACUUGUGGCUAUAUAGAAUUAGUGAAACGAUAUAUAGGUUUAACAUAUACAAUAUGAUGGCUGUAACAGGGGUAAAUUUAAACCUAUAUAUUUUCGCUGCAAUAAAACAAAUAUAAAACUUAAA